GUGAAACGUUCAAACUGUGAAAAGAUGAAAUCUGUUGUACUUUUAUCCUUCGUCCUUACUGCUGUAGUAGCCGAUGUGGCGUUUUUGAACUACAAUAGAGGGCAAAACCUACAACGUGGAGGUGAAAUUCGCAUUCUUAAACAGAAUCAGGAAAUUGACCCAGCCGGAAGUUACAAUUACGCUUAUGAAACUGAAAAUGGAAUUAACGUUAGAGAAGAAGGACAAUUGAUUCAAUCUAGAUCUUCUCAAGAACCUGGAACAGCAGCUCAAGGAUCUUAUAGAUAUACAUCUCCCGAAGGACUCCCCGUUGAUAUCGUUUAUGUUGCUGAUGAAAAUGGGUUCCAACCACAAGGAAAUGUCCUUCCAACACCUCCAGCUCCACCUGCGAUUCCUCCAGCGAUUUUAAGAGCUUUGGAAUGGAAUAGAGCUCAUCCUGAAGAAGAACGACCACAACAACAACAACAACGUUACAGGUUUUAAGGAUAAUUGAGGAAACGAUCAUGUUUUAUUUAUGUCAAACAUUUCUUGCCUUUAUUAUUUUUGUGUUUAUUAUGUUGUGUAAUGUGUAUAUUUCGGCAAAUAAAAUUGAUAAGUAAUAUGAAA